UCAUUAAAAAACGUAUUACAAUUUAGGAAAAUUGACAGGCAUUAAUACAAAUAUAUAAUGGAUAAAAAUGUAGCUGAGUUGGAAAAGUGGGGCUUCCCAUUGCAGGAACUUUACCGAAUGGCUUUGCAGUUUUACAAACAAAAUGCUGGAAAAGCUAUACAUCUUUCGUAUGAGGAUAAUCUUAAAUUAAUUGCAUUUAAACAACAGGCCUCAUGUGGACCUUUCAAUCCCAAAGAUUCACCCGCUUUGGGUGUACUGGAUGUAAUUGGCAAAGAUCGCCGACUUCAUUGGCAAAUGCUGGGCAACAUUAGCCGCGAACAGGCCAUGGAGGGUUUUAUUGAUUUGCUGGACACGAUGUGUAGCGCCUUUCGUCCCUAUGUAGAGGCAGUAAGGAAGAAUCGUGAUGAAACCUUAAAGGAAGAAUUGCGACGUAUGGAACAAGAGAAGUUAGAGAAGGAGAAAAAAGAACGUGAACAGCAGGAACUUUUAGAGGAGGGUUAUAAGGAAGAAAUGCAAAGACGUCAACUACAGGAUGCGCUUAACAAGCAAACAUAUCAACAGUUCAAGACCUAUGCUGAAAAGCAAUUUCCUGGAAAUCCUGAACAACAAGCCGUUCUUAUACACCAGCUGCAACAGGAACAUUAUCAUCAGUACAUGCAACAAUUACAUAUGCAAAAUCAUAAUAACCCCACUGAAAACCUUACAAAUAAUAAUACAACAUCAGCCACUAUUGGAGAUGGCACCGACACUAACAAACCACAGCACAGUGAAGAUGAUUUAAAUAAAGAAUUGGCCAAAUUAUCUAUAGAUAAUCAGCAACAACACUACGAUGAACAUCAACAAUUGCAAAUUCAUAACAAUGACGAUGAUGACGAUUAUGUUUUAAUACAACCAGCUAAAAUAUGGACUAGACCAGAUAUUGAGGACUUUAAAGCAGAAGUGUCAGCUGGAGAUGGUGAUGGUGUCAUAACUAUAGGCCAUGGCGAUACGGUAACAGUUCGUGUACCCACAAAUAUUAAUGGAAAAUCAAUAUUUUGGGAAUUUGCUACUGAUAAUUACGAUAUUGGUUUUGGUAUUUACUUCGAGUGGAGUAAACCCGUUACACAAGAAGUUACUGUCCAUGUCAGCGACAGCGAUGAUGAUGAUGAAUUUUUGGAUGAAGAUUAUUUGUCCACCAAUGAAGAUCUCGAAUGUGGCUCAUUGGCAAAUGAUCGCAGUAGUUUGACAAGUAAUUCCUCCAUAAAGCCACCAAUUUCCAUUAUUGUGCCGAUUUAUCGACGAGAAUGUUUUAAUGAGGUUUAUGUGGGAUCACACAUCUAUCCGGGCGAAGGUGUUUAUCUAUUGAAAUUUGACAAUAGCUACAGUAUAUGGCGUUCAAAAACAUUAUACUAUCGAGUUUAUUAUGAGCGUUAAAUUUAUUUAAUUUAGAUUACAUACACAUAUACAUCUUUUAUUUUUAUUCCUUUAAUGUAUUAUUUAAUAAUAUUUAUUAAUGUAUCUAUUUUUAUGUUUAAUAUGACGAAACAUUUAUAAACGUCUCGAGAUAAAACAAAAUUAAAGAAAGUAAUUCGUAAAAAAAACAA